AUGAAGAUCAGUUGUAAAAACAAUUCACCCCAGGCAAAACUUGCCUUAAAAUCCGCAAUUAGAACUUGGAUCAAGCUGGAGAUGAAAAAGUGGUAUAAGAUAAGAGACAACAACAAACUACACCUGAAAGUGAUACACAGUGAAUUAACUUACCGCAUUAGCCCUGCUGAGUUCGACCAUUUGGAUUUUACCAUCAGAGAAGAAGUAAGGAUUUUGGGACAUAAACAAUAUGAAAAUCAACUUAAAAAACUUGAAGCUCUUGUGAAUAAUGUGGACAAAUUCGAACCUAACUCGUUGAAUUACGUGAGUGAAACUAACAAAAUCUUUUACGAAAAAGUGAUAAAUUUUACAGACGUACAUUUCGAAGAAGCUGAAAUUAAAUUGCUGGAAAAAGGUUUGAAACAUUGUCCGAAUGUGUUCAGUAAAAACGACCUCAAACAAUUUGCAGUAAAUGUUGAAUUGGCUUUAAAUAAAAUUGAACCUCCUGAAAAUCGAGAUCUCGAAAAAUCAUUAUGUGCGAGAAUAAUAUCAAAAGCUACCGUGGAAGAUAAUAAAAAUGAGUCAUUGGUUUUAAAACAAAUCAAAAAGAAAGCCUCAGAAAAUGACCUGAUCAUAACAAAAGCUGACAAAGGCAAUACAGUCACAUUUUUGAACAGAAAUGAUUAUUUGAUAAAAACUGAAAGUUUAUUGAAUUCUAAUAAUUUCUUAGAAUUGAAGUUUGACCCUACAUCAAAAUUCCAAACUGCGGUGAAGAAGACAAUUAAGAGCUGCCCUAACUUGUUAUCUCAAGUGAGUUUCCCUCUGACCAUAAUGAACCCCAGAAUACCCUUAUUAUAUGCUCUUCCUAAAAUACAUAAGGAAAAUUGUCCGAUGAGACCCAUUGUUUCAUAUACUCAUGCACCAUCUUUGAAGCUCUGUAAAUUCUUGAAUUCGAUGUUACCAGAGGGAUCACUUGCUACAGUUCUGGAACAUUUUAACAGUUAUAACACCCACCUACAAUUCACGGCAGAAGAAGAGGUUGACAACUCCAUACCUUUUUUAGACAUCAGGGUGAUAAGAAUGGGAGAAGUGUUGAGGACUGAUUGGUAUAACAAGCCUAGUAGCUCUGGCAGAUAUUUGCAUUAUAGAUCUUGCCAUCCUCAAAAUAUGAAGCUAAAUCUAGUCACACAGAUGAAAACUAGAGUCUUAAGGUUGACACAUCCAACUUUUCAUAGUCAAUGUAUUGUCAAACUGAAAAAGCUAUUUGUAAUGAAUGGAUACCCGAUAAAAUUACUCAAUAAGUUACUUUGCAAUACAUCAUCUUCACCCCCAGUCGAAGUCACCAUGUCAUUAAACACUGAUGCCAUGAUAGACCGAGCUGACAUCGUUUACGCCACUAUACCUUACAUACCAGGGUGA